UGUUUCGCGUUUAUAAAAUCUGUCAUUUUAAAGGUACCACGUUUUGGGGCAGCGGCUAUAUUAGAACGCUUACUUCACGACUAAUAUCUGCCGUUGCCAUCACAGUUAUAAUUGCACGACUCAUUACGCCGUACCCAUAGCACUGCUUUUUGUGUUUGGUGUUGUUGAAUUGAGCCGCUCUCUCUCGCUGCUGCUGCUGGUGGCGUGCGGGGAGGCGGUGCAGCUGGUGGUGGUCGUGGUGGGGGAGAGACUCACGGCGGAUGCCUGCACCGCUGCCGCUGCUGCUGCAUCGACUACCGCUGGUGCCUCUGCUGUGUCGAGGCGUGCGACCCGCCUGGUCGAAGCUCCUCGCAAUGGCGAGCGCUGAGGCGACCCGGCGCGGAGCGGGGCCGGGGCCCUGGAGGGUUCUGCUGACCCGCAGAGUCCCCGACUCCGGAGUCGGGGCCCUGGAGGCGAGCGGACAGUGCGAGGUGCAGCAGUGGGACAGCGACGACCAGAUCCCGCAGGAGGAGCUCCUCCGCCGGGUGCCAGGAAUCCACGGCCUCUACUGCCUGCUCACCGACCGCGUCGACGCCGCCGUGCUGGACGCCGCCGGCCCAAGCCUCAAGGUGAUCAGCACCAUGUCAGUGGGGUUCGAUCACCUCUCUCUGGACGAGUGCAAGAAGAGGGGCAUCCGUGUCGGCUACACUCCCGACGUCCUGACGGACGCCACCGCCGAGCUCACCGUGGGUCUGCUGCUCGCCACGUCGCGGAGGCUGGUGGAGGCUGCGGCCGAGGUCAAGAGUGGAGGAUGGGGCACGUGGAAGCCCAUGUGGAUGUGUGGCCAGGGUCUGAGUGGCAGCACUGUGGGUGUGGUGGGGCUGGGCCGCAUUGGGGUGGCGGUGUGCGAGCGUCUCAAGCCGUUCGGCGUGCGGCGAGUGCUGUACACGGGACGCAACCCAAAGCCGGACGUGGAGCAGAGGCUGGGCGCUCAGUUCUUGCCGCUGCAGGAGCUGCUGCGGGAGGCCGACUUCGUGGUGGUGAGCUGCGCGCUCACGGACGCCACGCGGGGGCUCUUCGGCCGCGAAGCGUUCGCCCGCAUGAAACGCUCCGCCGUGUUCAUCAACAUCAGCCGGGGCCUCAUCGUGAACCAAGAUGACCUUUACGAUGCCCUGAGGUCGGGGGAGAUCGCGGCGGCCGGGCUGGACGUAACCACGCCGGAGCCCCUGCCCACCGACCACCCUCUUCUUAGCCUCCGCAACUGUGUGAUCAUGCCGCACAUUGGGAGCGCCACGACCGACACGCGGAGCAAGAUGGCCGUGAUGACCGCGGAGAACCUUCUGGCCGGACUCAGGGGAGAGCCGAUGCACGCCGAGCUCACGCUGCCGCUCUAGCCUCGUCGCUGCCGCUCUCGCGUCGUCGCCGCCGCCCGCCCGCACGCCCCCCCACCCACCCGCCCGCCCGCACGCGGCGACAUCAUUCGGGCUUGGCACUGCUAUCUGAGCAGAUGCCCGAAUCAGUUUAGCGACUGCUGCGUCCACAAAUAACCCGAUUGUUUGUCCCCGCUAAUUACUGCUUUUGUCAUAGCUCCUCUAGGACAACUAGCCCAGCGAUUGGCGAUGGUCAUGCUGCACGGCGGUUAAAGGGACGAGUGGUUUGAGCCAGGAGCAGCACUAUGUGAGCGCAACUCCACAAUUAAUUUCUGGCUUUUUGAAUAGAUGUGAAUACGGAAGAAACUGGGAAUCUCUUAAUAUAACAUGAUCAUCAACUUAUGCACUUCGAAUAAUCCGUGCCAAGUAAGCAUUUUACAUGCUCUGAAUAUUUCUCAUCGCCCUUGCCAAAAAUGUUCCCUCGUAAUGUCCACCACAAUUUCCUUGCUGAUGACUCUCAACUGGAUGUCCCCAUGGACGACACAAACCCAACUUCGCUGUCCACUCUCGCAUUCUGUCGUCUCGGAUCGGUUCGAAAACUUCCUCCAGAAAAAUUUUUCCAAAAACUCGUGUACGCCUCAUCAUCAGAAUCUGAAUCUGUAUUGACACUGCAGGAGGAAUCCGAUGAGCUAUAAAGCUCUUGUUCACAGAUGUCCAGUAGGGGCAGGUCAGAACGUUACAACAACAAACAACACAAAAACACGAUGGUGCAAAAUAUAGGGAAAGGUAAAUAAAUUACUUUAACAAAAAUAUGCAAAUAAAACUAUGAAUUAUUUUUUAUCUUGCCAGGUAAAGCCCACCGAGCUGUAUCGCUCUUUUCAGAAGCAACCUGGCCACAAGUGAUAUCGUAACGAAGUGGCUUAUCAAGUGCGAAUUUUCAGCAGCAAAAUACUUUCAAUUGCCACUGCCAGAAUUGUUACCCACACCUGUAAAUGAGACAAAUCGCACCGAAACUCCAGUCUCUCCACUGGCUGCCAAUGUAAACCCGAUUUCAUGUCAGUGUCACCGUAUUCGUGGCCCUCCAUGGACACUCACCACUGCCUACUUCUCUCCUCUCACUCGACUCCUCCCCAUGCAAUUUCUGACCUCACAUCUCACUCUUUUACAAUCACGUGCUCUCCCACCUCUCCCUCUCAACCUUGUAACCAUGAGCCGUGUGAUGAACUGAUUCCGAUGUUGGGACUGUAGCAAUACACGGGGGCUGUCGUAGGAAUUUCAGUCGCACACCACGUGGGCGAAAGGCAGUGAGGGCACCAGAAGAGAGGGAGCAAUUGACCUCUUUGUGGAAGCUUUGUAAAGGUUACAAGAAUCCCCCGCUGUAAGUGGCCACGUGAUGCGUUGUUUCACGUGCAUGUUGCCUAUUAAUUAGGGAACGUAUUGCCCUAUGAGUGUUAACGUUUUGCGUAUGCGUUCUUUUUUUCAGAAAAUUGCGCAACAUUUUUCGUGCUAUUUUUUUUUGUCAACGAGGAACGCGUGCGGGCGAGAACGGGACUGAUUUACGAUGUAAUAGCUCUACCGUACUGUACACGCGCGGUGCCGACCACCGAAAUCCCCUCCGGCCCGUGAUCGGCUUCCGUCUACCAGCCCGCCGUUUCGCGUGACCGCUGUGCACGUGCGCGGUAGAAAUACUGCGUAGCGUUAGGUCAGGGGGUCGGCAACCAAGUGAAGAAGAAGAGACAUUUCUUUUGGCAAUGCAACGUGAAUACGAGACGGUGGGUCCCUUAAAUAAAUGACGGCACGGAGCAGCAGUCCUUCAAGAGGCACGGCACGCGGCGCCUGAGCCGCAGGUUGCCGCCGACCCGUGCGCGAGAUGAUAGUCUUAAAAUAAGUGCAAAAGGCUUGGAAAGAUCAUUGCAAAAUGCACAGUAAAUGAUGAUAAGUGUCUCUGGCAAGAGAAGGCAAAGUAUGAAUCUAGAGGUUAAAUUAGAAGCUUCGAAGCGUUUUAAAGCAGGUGAAAGGCAGUCGAUAUUUCAAGAAGGCGUGGCUUUCUUCUGCAUAAUAAUUCCACUCCCUCUCCACCCCAAGAGGCCUCGAUCAGAAAACUCUUCAAUCAUCGCUGGUAAAUUGUAUCGAAUUAUACGUAUCGAUUAUUGGCCAGAAUGAAUGUAACCCCUUUUUGUUAACAAGUCUGUGGGAAAUGAGAGUUUGCUGCGAGUCAAUUCGAGUUUAAGGAGCAUUUCUUAGGAACCGCAUCUCUGACGUGUCGCGGGGGGUUCCUGUACAGGGACUCCUCUACUUACGAACAGCUUGGGUCUGUUCGUAAGUCGAUUUGUUCGUAAGUCGAUUCCAACCAUGUACGGCGUGUACACUAAACACGGGGGAUGGCUUUAAAAGUUGUAUUGUCUAGUGUAGAUGUAGAUGCCACUGGUUUUUCACGUUCUGCAGAUGUAGAUGCCACUGGUUUUUCACGUUCUGCAGAUGUAGAUGCCACUGGUCCUUCAUGUUCUGCAGAUGUAGAUGCCACUGGUUCUUCACGUUCUGCAGAUGUAGAUGCCACUGGUUCUACACGUUCUGCAGAUGUAGAUGCCACUGGUUCUUCACGUUCUACAGAUGUAGAUGCCACUGGUUUUUCACGUUCUGCAGAUGUAGAUGCCACUGGUCCUUCAUGUUCUGCAGAUGUAGAUGCCACUGGUUCUUCACGUUCUACAGAUGUAGAUGCCACUGGUUUUUCACGUUCUGCAGAUGUAGAUGCCACUGGUCCUUCAUGUUCUGCAGAUGUAGAUGCCACUGGUUCUACACGUUCUGCAGAUGUAGAUGCCACUGGUUUUUCACGUUCUACAGAUGUAGAUUCCACUGGUUCUUCAUGUUCUGCAGAUGUAGAUGCCACUGGUUCAUCAUGUUCUGUAGAUGUAGAUGCCACUGGUUCUUCAUGUUCUGUAGAUGUAGAUGCCACUGGUUCUUCAUGUUCUGCAGAUGUAAAUGCCACUGGUUCGUCAUGUUCUGCAGAUGUAGAUGCCACUGGUUCUACACGUUCUGCAGAUGUAGAUGCCACUAGUUCUUCACGUUAUGCAGAUGUAGAUGCCACUGGUUCUUCACGUUCUGCAGAUGUAGAUGCCACUGGUUCUUCACGUUCUGCAGCUGUAGAUGCCACUGGUUCUUCACGUUCUGCAGAUGUAGAUGCCACUGGUUCUUCACGUGUUGCAGAUGUAGAUGCCACUGGUUCUUCACGUUCUGCAGGUGUAGAUGCCACUGGUUCUUCACGUUCUGCAGGUGUAGAUGGCACCACCGCCAUCUAUUGCGCGGCGGUUGAACUUACGACUCUCGGUCCAAACAGCCAACUGGACAUACGGACAGGUUCGUAUCUCUGAAAGUUCGUAAGUCGAAUGUUCGUAAGUAGAGGAGUCUCUGACCUCGCACUGCCCGUAUGUUUGCAUGGAAUGCACGCCCGGGGUGGCGGGUGAUAGAGGGGAGCAUGACGUCAGAGUGCGUGAACCUGGCUUCUGUGCUGCGAGAUGUGGUUAAUGUCAUCGUGCAGAUGAGCGGGGUGGUGGUGACGUCACCACCGCACGAGUUGCGUGGGUAGUCGGCGUAAAGUGCGAUGACGUCACCAUUCAGCCCAAUCACGUGACAUCACCGUGGUGAAGUCAUAGGCUUGGUACUCUUAGGUUUUUUCGGUAAAGUCACGUUGGUAAAAAAUAAAAUGAAUAGAAACAAAAUAAAAUAUUUAUUAUUUUGUUUCUAUUAAUUUUAUUCACGUUCUGCAGAUAAAAUUAAUUUAAUAGAAACAAUAAAAUGUUUUUUUUGUUUCUAUUACUUUUAUGUUUGUUUCUAUUAAUUAUAUUUUUUACCUACGUGACUUUACCGAAAAAACCUAAGAGUAGGAAUCCUUGCAGUCACGAAAGCUUCAAAUCUAGAAUCAUAAGCUCGGCUCAAGGGGCGAUGAGGUCUUGCCUAAACGUCGGAGGCGCGGUCAAUGUGCAGAGUGCUCCGGAGGGCUUUACCAUUGAACGUUGUGGUUAGCAGGCCAGAGCGCAUCGCCGUAGCAAGGCAGAGCACGGUCUGAGGAGCUGCCUCGUUGAGCGUUUUCGUGGACGUGUCAAAAUCCAGCCAACCGGAGGCGCCACACGUGACUAUGAACUCUCCAUGGACGCAACGCACACACUCAUUGGCUGAGCACCACCCGUGCAAGGCACUCCGUGUUCCAGCGUACCAUUCAAUAAGAGCCUUAGAGCACCAUGGAAUUGAUGGCGCUCUAUGCAUUAAAUAUAAAUCAAUGGGGGAACCGAUUUUAACCGGUAGACUUUUGCAAUGAAAUGCGACUCACUCUUCUGGAAGAUUCCGGCUCCCAUUGGUUUGUUGGAAUUAUUUUUUCAAAAACUUGGGUGCCAAAUGUUUUUAAUUAGGGAAGACAGCAAUUGUCCGUAAAUGUCCUCGGCAAGAGAAGCAUUUUUGGCUUGAUGCGUGAUUUACUCUGACGAACCGUUUCAGAGAUACAGAGCAUGACGGAUGGACGGACAAUUUUUUUUAUAGAGAUGCCGGACGAUAACACAAAUAUUCCUAGAUUAGGUGCAGAAUAUUGCAUUGCCCUAUGUCACCAUAAACAACUUUUAAAUCGGUAUCGCUUUACUAAAUGAUUGAUUUUGUUCAUGCAAUAUUACAGCAUUAAUUUCAGAUGUGAUGAUUAACAAGGCAAUAAAAUACUACAGUCAUGUGCAA